UGCGACCACCCCUGAGGGCGUUGCUCGGCAAUCUUGUUCCGUGCGGCCCUUAUAAACAAGUAGAACGCGGCGUGCCAGUCCACCUUCCCGCUCCGGCUCCCCUUUUCUGGUUUCUGUGUAUUCUUCUUUUUGUAUUUUCUCAUCGUCCUAAUUCCCCUUGAUAUCCUUCGGCCUUGUAUGGUUUGUCGAGGGUAGAUAGGUAUCGUCAUAUUUAGGGCGACGAUGUAUAUUCUCCUACUCCCUUUGCUGGGGCUCGUCCCCACCGCCCUCGCCUCGCCCGCCAGUUCCGCCGUCGAUUAUCUGGGCCGCCCCUUUCUCGAUGCCCGGGCCGUAAGCCAGCGCGCUGCUCCGGACAGCCCGUCCGGGAACUACGCACCGUCUGUCGUCGACUGCCCGCAGCAGCGACCAACCAUCCGGAGCGCCGACACGCUGUCCCAGUCAGAGCGAGACUGGCUGCGGAACCGCCGGGGCAAGACCAUCGACCCUCUAGUCCAGUUCUUGCGAAAUUCAAAUCUCGACUUCGACGCCGCUGGUUUCGUCACUUCGAACUCGCAAAACUUCUCAAUCGUACCCAACAUAGGCAUUGCCAUGUCCGGCGGGGGCUAUCGUGCCCUCCUGACUGGUGCCGGCGUCCUCGCCGCCGCGGAUAGCCGCGUGCCCGGCGCGAAUGACGCCGGGGGCAUUGGUGGCCUCCUGCAGAGUGCCACGUACCUAUCCGGAUUAUCCGGCGGUAGUUGGCUUGUCGGUUCCAUUUUUGCCAACAACUUCUCCAGCGUCACGCAACUCCGCGACGGCUACGAAGGCUCGCCCCUAUGGCAGUUUUCGAACUCGAUCUUCGAGGGCCCCAGGGGCCGGGGCCUUUCGAUUGUCAACACCGCUCGGUACUGGGACGACGUUUCCGACCAGGUGGACGAGAAGCGUGACGCCGGUUUUGACGUCUCCAUCACGGACUACUGGGGGCGCGCGCUCUCUGUACAGCUGAUCAACGCGCCAGGCGGUGGGCCUGCCUACACGUUCUCGUCCAUCGCCGACGCGCCCAACUUCGCCUCUGCCGACACGCCUCUGCCGAUCAUCGUAGUCGACGAGCGCGCGCCCAACACGCUCGUAGUCUCUCUCAACGCCACCGUCCACGAGGUUAACCCGUGGGAGAUGGGUACCUUCGACCCGACCGUGUACGGGUUUGUGCCCACCCGCUACGUUGGCUCCAAUUUCAGCGACGGCCGCAUACCCGACGACGGUCGUUGCCUUCGCGGCUUCGAUUCCUUCAGCUUUGUCAUGGGCACUAGCAGCUCCCUCUUCAACACCUUCCUCCUGCAGAAUCUCUCGUCUCCAAGCAUACCCGAGCUCGUGACCAACUCCAUCCGGGCCAUCCUGACCCGCAUCGGCGAUGACAAUAACGACAUUGCCGCCUGGAACCCAAACCCUUUCCGCAACUAUAAUCAGGCCACCAACCCUAACGCCGGCGAUGACCAGCUGACCCUCGUUGACGGCGGCAUGGACCUGCAGAAUAUCCCGCUCCAGCCGCUAAUCCAACCGGCACGGGCCGUCGAUGUCAUCUUCGCCGUCGACUCUUCCGCCGAUACCACGACCUUCUUCCCGAACGGCACGGCCCUGCGCGCCACCUAUGAGCGCAGCCAGACCCGCAUCGCUAACGGCACCGUCUUCCCGCGCGUCCCCGACGCCGAGACCUUUAUCAACCUAGGGCUAAAUCGGCGUCCGACCUUCUUCGGGUGCGACACGUCCAAGUUCUCCAGCGCCUCGCGUAUCCCGCCCUUGGUCGUGUACCUACCCAACACGCCCUACUCGUUCGCGAGCAACGUGUCAACCUUCGACCCUACCUACACUGACGAGGAGCGCGACGGGCUCAUCCGCAACGGCUACCAUGUCGCCACGAUGGGCAACGGCACCCUCGACGCCGACUGGAGGGCGUGCGCCGCCUGCGCCAUCAUGCGCCGCAGCCUCGAGCGCACAGCCACCGCCUUCAGCGCCCAGUGCCGCGGUUGCUUCGACCGUUACUGCUGGAACGGCACCGUCGACAGCACGCCAGUCGGCAGCUUCGAGCCCCAACCGAGCCUCGGUAUCGAGGCCCAGGACAACGGUGCUGCCGCGGGUGGACGCGCCCUCGCCGCCGGCGCGGUCUAUGCCCUGGCUGGGCUGGCGGCCUUGUUCUUGGCGUUCUGAUCUCGUCGUAUAACAAAAGACGCACGAUCUCGUCGCACAAAGCGGCCCAGCCUAUUCUGGUUGCUCCGUGCUGCACUUCGAAA